AUGAACUCGAUUGAAUCGAAAAUCGUGGUUAUCGGUCCCCCGGAUGUGGGUAAGACCUGCCUGUCUAUCCGUUAUAUUCGUGGAAAAUUCUUUGAGCACUCCUCUGCGACGAUUGGAGCUUCCUUUUUGAUGAAAACACUGACGUGUGGUAAUGUCGUCAAUACGAUGAAGAUUUGGGAUACUGCAGGUCAGGAUGCAUUUCUGCCAAUGACUUCGGUGUACUACAAAGAUGUAGAUGGAGCUAUCCUUGUAUUUGAUGCAUCGAAACCCGAUACAAUGGACUCCUUGGAUAAUUGGCUUUGUGAUCUUCAGCAGAAUAACGUCGGUCGGCAAUUUUCUCUAUUUUUGGUGUGUAACAAGAUCGACUUGAAUCGUGGAAUUGAUCGAGAGCACGUUCAGCAGUAUGCGGAUAAGAUCGGAGCGCCAGUUUUCUACACCUCUGCAAAGGAUGGAACUGGAGUCAAUGAUUUGUUUACUGAGAUGUCGAACAGCAUUAUCAAGCGACAUAAUGAAACAGCGAAUUUUGCUGUUCAGAACUACGGCGUCUCUAUCAAUGAUAGUAUCAAGGUGCCUCUCACUGAGAAUCCUCCGGAAGAUAAGAAAAAGUGUUGUUGUUAGUUUUGGUUUUGUAAGUAUGUA